CUCGAUCAGUACUGAAAACAUCCUGUUUUAGUGAGCCAUAAUGCCGGCGAGACUGCUUCUGUUUCUCUGUGUGAUUGUUCCUGUGUUUGCCAAAGAAGCUCCUGAUGUGGAUUGCUUGGUGGUGAAUCUGAAAUAUGUUUCCUGUACCUGGAACAAGAAUGGGACUCCAGAGGUCAACUACACCUUCUACAGUAGGUUCAGCAAUCAACAGCUAAUCAGCUGCCCACACUACUUGUCAGAGAACAACAUGAACAUCGGAUGUAACCAGCCUUGUGGGAGUGGAGAUAGAUUCUUAACAUUUCACACUGAAGUACAUGGCAAUGGCAUAUUUAUCGAAAAUCAUGAUCUUAGACAGCAAGUCAAGUUAAAUCCACCGAACAACCUGACUGUCCUGAAUGGAUCGGAUUCUAACCUGUGGUUUUACUGGAACCACACUUCUCCUGCUCCCUUACGCUGUGUCGAGAGUGAGGUCCGCUUCAGGACAAACAACAAUAACUGGGAGCAUUCUAAAGUUAGCUCCAAGACACAGAACUACAGCAUCAACUUGCCCUCAAACAGUUCCCGAUAUGAGCUGCAAGUGCGGAACAGAAUAGGCUACGGCUGUGGAGCGUCUCGAUUCUGGAGUGACUGGAGUGAGCCUGUGGUCUGGGGAUCCCAUGAUACCACAGGCUCCAGUGAUACAAUGACUGUGUGGACACCAGUGCUGUAUGUGGUGGGUGCCAUCACCCUUAUCCUAUUGAUCAUGAUGUUACUGCACCAUGAAAGGAUCAGAAUCAUCCUCAUCCCUGCUGUUCCCAAGCCAUCCCUGUUCCUACAAGACAUCGAGGACUGGUUUCAGUUUCCCAAAGGCCUGAAAGAGAGUUUUAAAGCAAACUACAAUGAGGACGCCUGUCCUGUGUCUGAGUACAACCACGUCUCCCAGGCAGACGGCGUGAAGUCUGACGGCUCUACCUCCUCUGUCACCACCGACCAAACCGACUGCUCUGUCUCCAUCGAUGUGAAUGAUCCAGAAGAUCUGUCCAUCCCCUUGUCCUCUUUCAGCUCCCCAGUUUCAUCUGAGGAAGUGCAGAAGGUUUCUAAUUAAGCAGCACCUGAACCAAGACUAGGUUUGUCUGAGCUAAACUAUCAGGGCUUUGUUAUACUGAUACAUCUGCUUGAUGGCAUUGAUUAGAUUAUGGAUAAAUAAGUAUGUGUAAAUUAAUAGUUUACAACACUGCCCAUUGAAAUAAACCCUACACUGUAAAAAAAAGUACGUAAAAAUGACAGUGGAAAACUGUGAAAUGGCAACAGUAAUAGACCAGAAAAUCAAAAACGGUGUAUUUCUGUAGCAGAAACAUGUGAUUACCGUAAAUCAAAAAACAAUACCUAACUGUAAUUUCCACUGCGAUAAUGUGUUGAAAUGAC